GAGCGCACGGAGCGCAGUGCCAACGCGCGCGCGGAGACGGAAGGCGCUCCUCCGCAUCCUGCAGCGCCGGUGCUGAGUUUCCCGGAGCGCGCAGCUCUCCGCUCUUCCCUCUGACAUGUUCUAAACCGCGGACGAUGUGGACGUUACCGAAGCCCGCGUACCGCGACGGCGGGGACAAGCAGAUCGCCGUGAACGUGGGCGGCGUGAGGCUCGCGCUGCGCGGGGACAUGCUGGACCGCUACCCGGAGAGUCGCCUCGCGGAGCUCGCGCGCUGCACGACGCGCGGAUUCGACGCCAUCUCCGCGCUGUGCGACGACUACGAGCCGUCCAAAGGCGAGUUUUACUUCGACCGUGACCCGGACUCGUUCAAGUGCAUCGUGGAGGUGUAUUAUUUCGGAGAGGUGCACAUGAAGAAGGGGAUUUGCCCCAUGUGCUUCAUGAAGGAAAUGGAGUUCUGGAGGAUCGACUCGAGCUGCUUGGAUGAGUGCUGCAAAAGCAACGUGCGUGAGAAGGAGGAAGAGCUGGCUGAAAUCGCUGAUAAGGUCAAAGCCAUCCUGGACGACCUGGACAUCGACGGAGGGCCUUUGGCAACCCGGUCCGAACGCAUCCGUAAGUUUCUCUGGAGGCUCAUGGAGAAACCGGAGUCGUCCUGGGUAGCACGCGCCAUCGCAGUAGCGUCGUUCCUGUUCGUCCUGGCAUCUUCGCUGGUGAUGUGCCUGGCAACACUUCCAGAGCUGCAAGUGCAAGACGCAGAAGGCCACGUAGCCGAACACCCGACUCUGGACGCCAUUGAGACAGCCUGCGUGUGCUGGUUCACGUUGGAAUACGGGCUACGUUUUGCCUCGGCUCCUGAAAAGACACGUUUCGUCCUGUCCUUCCUCAACAUGGUGGACUUGGCUGCGAUUGCGCCUUUUUACAUUGUGCUGGCUCUGACCCAUCUUGGUGCCACCGCUGCGAUGGACCUCACGGAUGUCCAACGGGCCGUGCAGGCAUUACGCGUGAUGCGCGUAGCACGCAUACUAAAACUAGCACGCCAUUCAUCUGGACUUCAGACUCUGACGUACGCCCUAAGGCGGAGCUUCGCCGAGCUUGGGCUCUUGCUAACCUACAUGGGUGUUGGAAUUUUUGUGUUCUCGGCACUUGGAUACACAAUGGAGCACAGCCACCCGGAGACAAUGUUCCGCAGCAUCCCACACUCCUUCUGGUGGGCCAUCAUCACUAUGACGACAGUGGGCUAUGGAGACGUGUACCCGAAGACUGCACUGGGGAGGUGCAAUGCAGCACUCAGCUUCCUGUGCGGUGUAGUAGCUAUUGCGCUGCCUGUCCACCCCAUCAUCAACAACUUUGUCGUCUACUACAACAAGCAGAAGGUGCUCGAGACUGCAGCCAGACACGAGCUCGAGCUCAUGGAGCUGCACGGGACGCUCGGCCAGGGGAUGGACAAACGCAAGACGCUCAGGGUUUCAAGAAGCGACUCGCAUAUUGCGACGCUAACGGAUGAGCGCAGGAUGGUGAAGAAGAGGAGUGUAUCUUAAAAAAAAACACUGCAGAUGAGAAACCCAACAGUAGCAAGAAUCAGUUUCUUAAGUGACUGAAUUCUGUCGUAAAGCAUUCAACACGCGACAUAUUUUAUGAAACAAGAACAAGUCUGUGUCUC